UUUUGACGAAUGGAUCAGAGGAUAUCGUACACAACACAUAUCAUUUAUACCACUCCGGAUGUAUAUCAUUCCACCUGAUAGCGUGUGUUCAUAUCAAGCAUUUCAGCAUGUGUCACGUUGUACAGGUGCGAGUUAAUACAAAGCACGGAGUUCGUUCAGCGCUCGGUACAGUAGUGUUGGUCACAUGACGCUCAGUUCACGCCCGCAGCAGCAGGCAGCGCGGUGAGUUUGUUUCAGCGACGAUAGGGUCAUUGGGUCACUGCGAUACAGGUUAUCUGUGAAUGUCUUAGUGGCAAACUGUAUGAGACAUAAUUAACAUGGAGUUUACGUUAUUGCUGUUAACAGUAGCUUUCGUGUCUGUGUUUUCGAUCCCACUAACUUUCCACAGUGUGAAAGACGAAAUCGAAAGUCACCGUGCUGAUGCGGAACGAAUAAUUAACCUGGUGGUCAAUGGAAGUGCUAAAGGACAGACAUAUAACCGACUGGCCGAGUUUGUGGACACAUUCGGGAGUCGUAUUGCGGGUUCUCAGAAUCUUGAAAACGCCAUUGAUUACAUAAUGAAGAAGUUGAAUGAGGAUGAUCUGGAGAAUGUACACGGAGAGUCCGCCAUGGUGCCCCACUGGGUGCGAGGGAAGGAGUCAGCCACCCUGGAGCAGCCACGGAUCCUACCCCUCAACAUACUGGGUCUUGGAGGUAGCAUCGGCACCCCUCCCGAGGGCAUCACGGCUGAGGUCAUUGUGGUCAAGACGUUUGACGAGUUGAAGCGGAGAGCUGCCGAGGCCCGCGGGAAGAUAGUGGUGUACAACGAGGACUGGGUAGGGUAUGGAGCGACUGUCCAGUAUCGUUCACUGGGAGCUGUGGAAGCGGCCAAAGUGGGUGCUGUGGCCUCCCUCAUACGUAGUGUGACCCCCUUCUCUAUAGACAGCCCCCACACCGGCUGGCAGGACUACAGCGACAACGUCACCAAGAUACCUACAGCCUGCAUCACGAUAGAGAUCGCCCAGAUGCUGCAUAGGAUGUCCUUGAGAGGGGAGAAGAUCGUCAUCAACCUCAAGAUGGAAGCUCAGAACCUGCCCAUGGUCAAGUCCAGGAACACAGUGGCUGAGAUUAAGGGCAGUACAUACCCGGAUGAAGUCGUGAUCGUGAGCGGCCACCUUGACAGCUGGGACGUGGGGCAGGGGGCUAUGGACGACGGCGGCGGUGCCUUCAUUUCCUGGCAGGCCCUGUCUCUCGUCCGCCAACUGGGACUUCGCCCUAAGCGUACCCUCAGGAUGAUCAUGUGGACUGGGGAGGAAGAAGGGCUCUGGGGCGCACAGGAGUACUUUAAACAACACAAAGCUGAAAUUCCAAAACAGAGCUUGGUAAUGGAAUCAGACAUGGGAACCUUCAACCCAAGAGGUCUCCAGUUCUCCGGCAACAAGGCAGCCACAGCUAUCAUGAAGGAGGUCGCCCAACUUCUCAGUUCCAUCAACAGGACAACCCUCUACAGUCCCGCAGAUGUCAGUGACACUACCCUUUGGGAAAAUAUCGGUGUCCCAAGUGGCAGCAUAGAGAACGACAACGAAAACUACUUCUACUUCCACCACAGCAACGGAGACAUGAUGACGGUGGAGAACUCCAGCGUCCUUGAUCUUUGUUCCGCCAUCUGGGCAGUGGCGGCGUACGUAGUGGCUGACCUUGACACCUUGCUCCCAAGGGAUACGGCACAAGGUCGACUUCAACUAUGAUCAAGUAGUUCAUAUCCGUCCGAUUUCGACGCGUCACGAUGCUCGUACGAAUAUGUUGCAUAUUAUAUCCACUCCUGUUAACGCCCCUAAAUCACGAUAGCACAACCUGGAAAUCAACGAUCACAUUAGUUUGUCAUGGUAUAACACCAACUCGAUCACUGUUUCAAAGGGUACCAAUCGUGACAAGCUCACGGUAUUGGCUCAAUCUCAGAUGUCGCGAAUGGAAGUAAUGUUUGAAAGGUAGGGUCUGACAACAUUAGCAUUGAUAUUGUAUGUUGCAGAGCUCUGGUCACAUGUUUGCAAUAAUAUAUUAUUUAGUUAAAUUUGCAUCUAAAUUUGAUGCGCAUAUACAUGGAGGAUCCGUUUUGUUAAUAUGGUUCGACAACUUAUUCGUAUUUAGUUCUGGAAAGCACAAUUAUUCGACACAGAAUGCAAGUCUAAUUUUGAACUUUGGUGUACUGGACGUUAAUAUGUUUUGCAAUGUUUAUUGUCUGAACAUGCGUGGUAACAGCUGUAUGUAUGGAUUGUUUCGGCGAGUAUAUUCAAUAUUUUUCUGCCCGAGUACAUGAGCAGAAUUAUUUAGUUAAAUCUGUUAUAUAUCAACGUUUUCACGAGUGUGUGUCUUUCACCCGAGUUUACCUACAGGAUACAAAAUACAUUAGUGUGUGUGUUAAGAUUUACAUACAGGAUAAAUUAAAUAAUACGUGGGGAAGUAUGAUAUGAUAAUAAUAAAUAAAUAAUACGUGAGGAGGUAUGAAUACACAAUGCCAUUUAGAAAGUGUUCAAAUGUAACAUGUAAUAUUUUGGAUCGCUGUCUCAGUAAAAUACAGAUCCUAGUACCUUUGUUAGUUUGAGUCACAUCCGGGAUUCGAACCCACUCUCUCAGAGUGUGGAUGGGACUCAUCCUAACGAAAGUACGAGAGUCGGUACUGAGAAUGUGUAAUCCGCGAUAUAACAUGUUACAUGCGUGGAAGUACAUUGACAUACACGCUGUUCUGAACAGAAUUCUGUUGAUAUUAUUCUCGAAUACAUGUUUUGUCAGUGGAAAAAUUGCUGAAAA